CGAAAUAUACACGAUGCCUUCGGUCGACGUUGCCAUGGUCCGAAGCCUUCGCGGCGGGCUAUGGGAGAGUGUGGUGGACAGUGUGGCAAGGAGCCUUGCCGCUGAAGUCGUAAGACGAGAUAUCGUGGCCGAUGCCGACAACAAAGUCUCGGAGAUCAAGCAGGCCUUUUCCAGCUGGGAUGGCUGUAUGGCUCACGUCUACUGCAAAUGGCCUGCUAUUGCACUGAUGGUCGUCGGCGGUCUCAUCCUUCUCAGCAUCAUCGUCUGCAUCGUCCGAUGCACCUGCCUUGGCAUGUCAUGCUGCUGUUCUUGCUGUUACUGCCUGAAAUGUUGCGGAAACUGCUGUGGCUGUUGCGACACUCCCGGUGGAAAGUCUCGCAAGCAUCUCGAUGAACCGUACAAUCCUCAGCAAUCCGGCUACGGAGGAUACCGCCAGGAGGCACCCAUGGCAGUCAACGUGCCGGCGCCUGCGCCGGUGCCCGCCUUUGCUCCGGCCGUUUCUCACGGGCCCCCGCAGUAUGCCGAGUUUGAUGUGUCCAAGCAGGAUGCCGAUGCGCUCCCGGCUAUGCCAAGCUGGGAGUCCGCCAACCAGAAAAAGAUUGUGCUCGAAGAGGAGGUCGAAAUGGACGAUUUGCCCCCUAAGAAAGAGCCUGUUCCGCAGCAAAGCCAGGCCAUGAACAGCCCCAGGUACGGCGGACCACAGCAGCAGCGACGUCCGCAGCAGCAACAGGGCCCUAUGGGCCGAAACGACCCGUACAAUCGUCAACAGACCAACUCUCCCGGCUACAAUAACUCUUUCGGCCAGCAGCCCGCUAACCCAUAUGGCGGACAUGAGCAGGGCUAUGCUGCCCACGACGCGGGCUAUGCCGCUCAAGAUCAAGGCUACGCUGCGCAGGGUCAAGGUUAUGGCGCCCAAGCGCAAGGUUACGGUGCCCACGAUCAAGGCUAUGGCAUUCACGAUCAGGUUUAUGGUGCGCAUGACCAGGGCUAUAACGCACACGAUCAGGGCUACAACGGCGAUCGAGCUUACGGUGCGCAUGAGCCAGCCUAUGGAGGACAUGACCAGGCUUACGGCGGACACGAUCAAGCCUAUGCUGGACAUGAUCAAGGGCUCAACGGACAUCAGCAAGGCUAUGGCGCACACGAUACAAACUACGGCGGACAUGACCAAGGCUACAACAACCACGCGGCCGACGGGUAUGGUGCCCACCAACCCUACGACCACGCAGCCCCCGCCGUAGGCAUCAUGAGCCCCGGACACCAGUCGCCCACGUCCAGCCAGAACGGAUUCGGCGUCCCGAGGCAGAUGACUCCGGGCCCGGCGCACAUGCCCAUUGCUCCGCACGAGCUCGAUGGACACACCUCGCCUGAUCCCUACGGCACGGAUCCGCACAUGAGAAAGUCCCCCGGCCCAGGCCUCAACCAAAGGACUUCGCCAGCCCCCCCUAAUGACUUUGCCAUUGCCCCGCAGAACAAGCCGGUGCCGUUCAGGACGUACACUCCGGCACCUCCGAAAGCUCUGCAGCAGGAACCUCCUCAGUCUCCCAUUGUCAACAACUCAGGGUUCGAUUUCAGCUCGGGUUACGCUCGCCCUCAGCACCAGGAGGGACCAAACUACGACCGUCGCCCGAGCGAGUCCCAUGAGCGUGAAGACAACGAGGGAUACCCCGGCUACAAGCCUUACAGCCCUUCACCCCAGAACUGGAGCGGUGUCUAGAG